GAUUUUGAUUUUCAUAAUCAGUACUGUUUAUGUCUAAAAACGUUCAAGUUCAAACUUUAGUGAUAAUUUUGUGAUUGGUACAAUACACUACAUUUUUACAUUAUUGUUUUAUAAAUCUGCUAUUCAGAAUUUUAGUUGAGCUUUAAAAUUUGCUAUGGCAAUUUUUUCAAAUGCUUUAUAACCGGUGUUCUUCAUGGAUAAUUUUUAAGUUUGUUUCCUGCUUGAAAGAAAUAUUGUAAAAACACUACUGAGGAUUCUACAUGUGAAUAUAAUUAUUGUUAACUUUCUAGUCAUUGUAGAGGGUACACGAUCCAAAAUGUUGCUCAAAGCUGACUACGGGGAAUUGUUUCCUACUAGGAAAAGUUUUGUAGUAUUCAUAGCUUAUAUGGCUCUAUUUGUUAACCAAGGUCUCUUAGUUACCGCAUCACAAAAUCAGAGUGAUAACUCAUACAAUUACAAUAUAGUUCUUGUCGUUCUUAUCACUGAAGCUGUCAAGCUACUUGUAUCGGUGCUCUUGUACUGUAAAGAAAAUCAUCCCAAAACGUUCUGCUCUGAUUUUUUAUCCAAUUCCAACGUUAUGAUGCUGUACUUCAUCCCAGCAUUCCUGUAUUGCCUGUACAACAAUCUGGCUUUCAUCAACCUCUCUGCAUUUGAUCCAACUUCCUAUUUUCUACUGCUGCAGUUCAGAGUUGUUAUAACGGCAAUACUCUUCCAGAUUGUUUUCAACAAGAAGCUGAGCAAACAACAGUGGUUUUCUUUGAUGGUGCUAACUCUUGGCUGCGUGGUGAAGCAUGUUGAUCUAUCAGGGCCUCCUCAAAGCCCAGCGAAACUGGAACCACAACAACCACUGGACAACACCACUGGAGGAAUCAAUAUUUGGAUGAAUUUCCUACUCAUUUUAGUCCAGGUUGUGUGUUCCUGCCUGGCCGGUGUCUAUAAUGAAUUCAUCUUGAAGAAGCCGGGCUCUGAAGUGAAUAUAUACAUUCAGAACAGUUACAUGUACAUCGACUCAAUUGUCUGCAAUGCAGCCGUUCUACUGUAUCAAGGAAAUAUCAGCCAAGUAUUUUCAGCGGACUCAAUCAACUUGGUCUUGAAAUACAAGGUCCUACUCGUGAUAGUUAACAACGCUGCUAUUGGAAUAGUUACCAGUUUUUUCCUCCAAUCACUGAAUUCAAUCGUGAAAACAUUUGCCAGUGCACUGGAGCUGAUCUUCACGGCGAUUCUCUCCUGGAUCUUAUUCGACAUACCGAUUUUCACCAACACCAUUUGUGCUAUAAUUUUAGUCUCAUUAGCCGUAAUAGUGUACAGUCAAAACCCAAUAAACAAUACUAGGCCUGCGGCUUCAGAUGAUACCAAAUUGAAAAGUAAACACAUCAGUGCGGUUUAAUUUACGCUUAAAACUGUUCAAUUAAUGAAAUAUGGGAGUGUAAUGAGUCGAGUAGAGACAAUUAAUGAAAUAUGGGAUUGUAAUGAGUCGAGUAGAGACAAUUAAUGAAAUAUGGGAGUGUAAUGAGUCGAGUAGAGACAAUUAAUGAAAUAUGGGAUUGUAAUGAGUCGAGUAGAGACAAUUAAUGAAAUAUGGGAGUGUAAUGAGUCGAGUGGAGACAAUUAAUGAAAUAUGGGAUUGUAAUGAGUCGAGUAGAGACAAUUAAUGAAAUAUGGGAUUGUAAAGAGUCGAGUAGAGACAAUUAAUGAAAUAUGGGAGUGUAAUGAGUCGAGUAGAGACAAUUGAUGAAAUAUGGGAUUGUAAUGAGUCGAGUAGAGACAAUUAAUGAAAUAUGGGAGUGUAAUGAGUCGAGUAGAGAGACAAUUAAUGAAAUAUGGGAUUGUAAUGAGUCGAAGAGUCGAAAAAGCGGUCUCUCAAAAAAGUUAUUUAUUCAGUUAUAUAGUGAGGUACACGUUAUAAUGGCUGUGUUUGAUUAGCAAUGGUAUUGCCAUCCUUUGUAUAUCACUCAACAAAGC